AUGGGCCGAACAGAGCCGUCGGUCGGCAGGCCACCCGCUGCAUUCCGCAAAGAUGCACGAGCGAAGAAGGCCAAAGCGACCAUCAACCAGCUCAUCCCAUCCUUGUUGGUCACCCAUCCUCGUGCCCGCAGUGGAAUCAAUGCAGCAGAACUCAUCGUCGAUCCUCCGCGCUCUGCAAAUCCGCAACCUCGAACCUCUCGAGGCCAGGGCGCGGGGGCAGCUGAGCAGCCGGAUUGCGCACCAGGCCAGAUCACGGUAUCCCUCGAGGUUGCAGAUACGUUGACAGUCGCCCGGCGGUUGCUGACCCAGGAUACGGCACAAGAGACGGACGUCCCAGAUCUAAGCAACAAAUCCUCAAGGGUGGCGGUUCUCAACAUGGCAUCGCCUCUAUCGCCAGGAGGCGGCUUCUUAAAUGGAGCGACGAGCCAAGAGGAAUCUCUCUGCAUGAGGACUACGCUGCUCCCCUCUCUCAAGGACGAAUACUACCGCCUGCCUGAGAUCGGCGCCAUCUACACCCCAGAAGUCCUCGUGUUCCGGGAGGCCGACUCGGAUGAUGUCUUGAGCCCGAAGGAACGUUGGUUUGUCGAUUGCAUAAGCGCGGCCAUGCUUAGAGGGCCCGAAACAGAUCUUGAUGGUAUGGGCCGUGGAUCCUACACCAAUGACAAGGAUCGCGAACAGGUUGUUCGCAAGAUGAGGAUGGUUAUGCGCAUCUGUUGCGACAAGGGUGUCAAAAGAUUGGUGUUGGGGGCUUGGGGUUGUGGUGCAUAUGGGAAUCCGGUUGGAGAGAUUGCCAAAGCUUGGAGGAAAGUGUUGAUGUCUGGUACUGCGGCAUCUCAUCCGCAAAAACGGAAGCCUAAGAAAAUUGAAGAGACGUGGGAGGGGAUCGAAGAAAUUGUAUUUGCCAUCAAAGAACCAGGUCUGGCAGACGCGUUUGCCGUAGCGUUUGGAGAUGGGAUAAUUCGCAUCAAUGAUCAUGACGACGAAGUAGAGGAGGGUGAAAGCGAUGAGGAUGGCGGUGAAGAAAGAGAUGGACAAGAUGAGGAGAGCAAUGAGCUCUUGGCUCAGAUUCGGCAACUGGAAUUGCGCAUUGAGUCAACUCAUAGCCCCCAACUCAAGACUCAAUUGUCUUCGGUUCUUGACGGACUGAGAAGCCGAUUGAAAGAUGAAUAA